AAUUUUUCGUAAUUUAUUAUUUUCAAUUCUCUGAAAAGACGCCUAAAGCGACUCAAAAGUCAACAGCUAGAAGUAAGGGAGUGUGAGGAAGAAGAAGAAGAAGAAGAAGAAGAAGAAGCGUAUCGUGGUUGAAUCAGCAUGUCAAGCGUCGUCGUCGAGUCUGAUGUACAACUGAGUCUUGACUCGAUCAGGGAAUCGUUGAUCAGACAAGAAGACACCGUCGUCUUCAGCUUGAUCGAGAGAGCUAAGUUCCCACUCAAUUCACCUGCAUUCGAGGAACCUCGCUGCCUAGAUUCAGGAAACUCGUCUUCUCUGACUGAGUUCUUUGUCAGAGAGAUCGAAACCAUCCAAGCUAAGGUUGGAAGAUACGCUAACCCCGAAGAGAAUCCUUUCUUCCUUGACAACAUUCCUCACUCGGUUUUUCCUUCACACAAAUAUCCACAGGUUCUGUACUCUAAGGCUUCAUCGGUUAACAUAAACAAACGGAUUUGGGAUGUUUACUUUAAAGAAUUGCUUCCUUUGUUUGUCAAACCUGGUGAUGAUGGCAACUAUGCAUCAACUGCUGCUAGUGAUCUCGCUUGUUUACAAGCUAUUUCGAGAAGGAUUCACUACGGUAAGUUUGUUGCUGAGGUCAAAUUCAGAGAUGCUCCACAUGAUUACGAGCCUGCCAUUCGCUCUAAGGAUACAGAGGCAUUGAUGAAGCUUUUGACGUUUGAGAAAGUGGAAGAAAUGGUUAAGAAGAGAGUUGAGAAGAAAGCAGAAACGUUUGGACAAGAGGUGAAGUGCGUCUCUGGUGAUGAUGAGAGUGAGAAGAAGUAUAAAGUGAAACCAUCUCUAGUCUCUCGCAUAUAUGGAGAAUGGCUUAUCCCUCUCACUAAAGACGUCGAGGUUGAGUAUCUUCUACGUCGUCUCGAUUGAAUCUUGAGACAUUGAAACAAGAAGUUCAUGAGUCCAUUGUCUUUCCCACAAACUCUUACAAAGUUGUUUCAUUACAGACUAUCGUCAAAGAUAUUGAAACUUUUCCAAAAUAACAUUCACAGUGCAUAUGUAAACCGGACUGGUUUGCGGUUUUUGUGCAAACCAGCCAAACUGAACCAAUUUUCGUCGGUUUUGAGUUUCAUCUAGUUCAGUCCAGUGGGAUUUUAAAAAUGAUUCAA